GGUGACGUAACACGCUGUGCUGACGUCUAUUCUUCCCGGUGCCGCUGUCAAUCAGUCAGUCAGUGCGCUGUAGUCACCACAUUCCUCGCCUGGCAUCUUGUCCGGAGUCCGAACCAAGAGUUGGUUUUGUUUUCUUCUUCUAAUUGUCAGAAUGUCGGCGAUGGAAGCGGCCUCAGGCGAUGAACCGCACGCGUCUGACAGGUUCACCUUCAUGGCUGCUGUCAGCAAGACCCCCAAGAAGCAGAUCCAGUUUGCUGAUGAUAUGCAGGAGUUUACCAAGUUUCCCACCAAAACCGGACGUAGGUCUCUAUCGAGGUCCAUUUCCCAGUCCUCCACUGACAGCUAUAGUUCUGUGGCUUCUUACACAGAUAGUUCAGAUGAUGAGACAUCUCCAAGAGACAAGCAGCAAACCAACUCCAAAGGCAGCAGCGACUUUUGUGUGAAGAACAUUAAGCAGGUUGAGUUUGGCCGACGGGAGAUUGAGAUUGCUGAGCAAGAAAUGACUGCUCUGAUUUCCCUGAGGAAGCGAGCGCAGGGGGAGAAACCUCUAUCAGGAGCGAAGAUAGUGGGUUGCACACACAUCACGGCACAGACCGGGGUACUAAUUGAGACUCUUUGUGCCCUGGGUGCCCAGUGCCGCUGGUGUGCCUGUAACAUCUAUUCAACUCAAAAUGAAGUGGCUGCUGCUUUGGCUGAGUCAGGUGUUGCAGUCUUCUCCUGGAAAGGAGAAUCCGAAGAUGAUUUCUGGUGGUGUAUUGACCGCUGCGUGAAUGCAAAUGCUGGUUGGCAGGCAAAUAUGAUCCUGGAUGAUGGAGGAGAUUUAACACAUUGGGUCUAUAAAAAGUAUCCAAAUAUUUACAAAAAGAUCCGUGGUAUUGUAGAGGAAAGUGUAACUGGAGUGCACAGACUUUAUCAACUAUCCAAGGCUGGCAAGCUGUGUGUGCCUGCUAUGAAUGUGAACGACUCUGUCACCAAGCAGAAAUUUGAUAAUCUGUACUGCUGUCGUGAAUCCAUAUUGGAUGGGUUGAAAAGAAGCACAGAUGUGAUGUUUGGUGGGAAGCAGGUUGUGGUGUGUGGCUAUGGAGAGGUUGGGAAAGGGUGCAGUGCAGCUCUAAAGGCCCUUGGUGCCAUUGUGCAUGUCACAGAGAUUGAUCCAAUCUGCGCUCUGCAAGCUUGUAUGGAGGGUUUUCGUGUGGUAAAACUGAAUGAAGUCAUUCGGCAGAUGGACGUAGUUAUCACUUGCACAGGUAAUAAAAAUGUUGUGACACGAGAACAUCUGGACCGCAUGAAGAAUGGAUGCAUUGUGUGCAACAUGGGACACUCUAAUACUGAGAUUGAUGUGAGCAGUCUUCGCAUGCCUGAGCUGACAUGGGAACGUAUCCGGUCUCAAGUGGACCAUGUGAUCUGGCCAGAUGGAAAGAGGAUAGUUUUGCUGGCGGAGGGUCGACUCCUGAAUCUGAGCUGCUCAACUAUCCCUACGUUUGUUCUAUCAAUAACAGCCACUACAGAGGCACUGGCUCUAAUUGAACUGUAUAAUGCUCCAGAAGGUCGAUACAAACAGGAUGUUUACCUGUUGCCCAAGAAAAUGGAUGAAUAUGUUGCAAGCCUGCAUCUGCCUUCCUUUGAUGCACAUUUAACAGAACUUUCUGAUGAACAAGCAAAGUACCUAGGGCUCAAUAAGAAUGGACCUUUUAAACCCAACUACUAUAGGUAUUGAAAGUUCAAGUUGGACACUCUUACUGUGAUUUCUCAAGACCGCUUUAGAAACAAACAACCAGCCUAUUUUAUGUCUGUUUUCACAUUAUUGUGAUGUUCUUGUAUUUGGUUUCCUGUAUCUGUUUGCAUGUAUUCCUCUUUUCAUUUUGUAAUUUGACAGAUCUCCAGAAUUCUGACCUGUACAAUCUCCAAAACCAGUGCUAAACUUUGAAUUGCACAUUAUUCAAGAUUCAUGGGGCUCUGCAAGUUUGUCUGCCUUAAGUCACAUCAAUACCUCCUAUUUUAAAUUUAUUUUUCUGUAGUUCUGGUUUAAUAUAUCUGCAAGCACAGUGGGCCAAUCUCGGGAAGAUCACUUAGUCUGCUUCUUCAAUCACGUUUACUCGCUUUUAAGAGUGUGAUGGGACCUACAUGAUUAUAUGUACUAUUUCAUAAUGUGCAGUCUGCUGCUCUCGUGGUUUUCAGGACCAGACUGGUUUGGAGCUUCCAGAACAAGCUAAGCUAAUUGCUCUCUAUAUAACUUACAUGUUCUAUCUGUAGAAUUCAACAGCACAAUGUGUGUCUGUCUAAUCAUCCUGCUGAAUACCAAGGUCAGUGUGUUCACAUACUACACCUGCUUUUACUUAGCCAAUCUAAGAAUCAUCUAUGAGAAACCCAAUUUUUAUUCUACCCCUCCACAAUCAUAAGUGAUUUUAUGAAGUUAUUUAAUUAAGAAUACAUAUUAGUUAUUAAAUAUCUCGGUCCUGCUCUGCCAUAUAGAUAUGACUGUGACUCCUUUCAAGCAACGGCGUAAUUUUCUCCAGCAGUAUCAAAGUUCCGUAAAAUAUGCACUUAAGAUGUAAUAAGUAUGCAGCCAUAUAGAUUUACGGUGCUUGGACACACCUAUGCCAUGCAUGUGUUAACUGCCUUCUUGUAGCCUCUUCGGGUUUUUGAUGGUGGUGCUCCAUGUGUUUUUUUAAUCAACCUUAAAAUCCAGGAAUAAUGCUUUGCCGUUCUUAAUGAAUAUCACUUGAAAAUGAGCAAAGGGCUGAAAGCAGACCCAAUCUAAGCAGCUAUAGGAUUCCUUUAACCAUUCGUAGAUUCUUAGAAAGGCAUGUUAUAAUGAUUUGCUUGAGAGAGAUUUAUUUUAUAUAUAAAUAUAUGAAUGAUUUUUAAUGAAUGCACUAUUACAUAUGAUUUUUUGCAAACAAGCAAUACAUGAAUAAAGUCAAAUUAAGAAUAA